CAGAUUUUCACUGAAGAUGAAGGAACCUGCAAGUACAACUAAGCGCCCGAAACCCCUCAAUAAAACAGAAACAACUCCAACCAAAUAACACCAUGGACUUGGCCUCUGCAGGCGAGCGCGGCUCUGCCGAUACAACGCCUAGCCCAGGCGCAGGUGGACCCAUGUUCUUCUACAAAGAAGACAGUCCUGCGAGUCCAACGACGGUACGUGAAGUCGACAAGCAGUACGACUACGACCCAGUAAGCGAUUUCGUCAUCGUGAGAAGAAAGACGGUGGAGCGGGAAGUGCAGCCAGAAGAUGCUGGCGCACAGCCUCCGGGAGUGGUAAAUGCGGAAGCAGACAAGGGGAAGACAGGCGGAAAGGUACCUGCUGUAGACAGGGACGAUAGCAAGACUAGUCCUCGCGCAACAGGAGCAACCUCAGGCGGGGGCUCCUCCGGGUCCUCAUCUCCAGCACGUAAACUUCCAGAAAACUGGUAUCAAAUAUGCCAACCACGAUACCACAAGUGGGCGCCACAAAGAGUGUUUGUGGAUGAGGCUAUUAAAGACGACGGAGGGUCUCCUAGUAAAUCGGCAUCUUCACCGCGAACAGGAGAGCUGCAGGGACCAGGAGAGGGAACGCCACUGCGGAUAUUCAUCACAGUGUGGAAUUUGCAUGGGAAAGCACCGCCUGCGGAUUUGACGUUAAGGCUGCACUAUGUAGUCGUUGUACUACUUCGUUCUCUGAGAUCUCAUCUCAAGACACAACUGUUCUCGUUUUCCCACAUCCCUCUGUGCUGCCUCCGUUAAUUCAAGCCUGGAUACCUCAUCAACCCAGCAACCCUGCCAGCAUGCACCACAUCUACGCGAUAGGGACUUGUGAAUCUUGUCAGACGAUACAGCAGGCAAUUUUCUGCAGAAAAAGAGGUCGCGUCCAGCAGUACGAGAACGACUUGCUGAGGCACCUGAAUCGUGGAAGAGGGAGUGGAGUUAUGGCUUACGAUAUGCUUUCCUAUCAAGUGAAUAAAUGCAAAAAAGGAGCAAAAAAGGAUGAAGAGAAGAAAUAGACUUCUUCCAACAGCGGCCUCUUGCCAGGCACAUCAAUCAAUCAAUCAAUCAAUCAAUCAAUCAAUCAAUCAAUACAUUCUCUGAGGAUGGGGCUUCUAGUAUCAGAUGAUUUCUUAGUAUGAAAAUGAAGACUGUUUGCAUUCUUAGUUUUUCUCCAUUUGCAUUUUUUCUCCACUGCCAGCAGCACUUCUAAUCCUCUCCCCGACGCUUACGAGCGUGUUGGCGUCGCCACUAUGGGUGCGAUUCAUUUGAUUCUCUUUGCGCAUCGCACAGUUUCAAGUAAGAUCAGAGGUCUCAGGACAUCCGUUUGUUCCACAGGGUACGGAAAUUUGGUCGGGAACAAAGGAGGCGUGAUGGUCGGCUUUUCCGUUGGCAGGGAAUCUUUCCUUUUCGUCAAUUGCCAUCUGCCAGCACACAAGUCGGGGGUUAGCAAGCGGCGAGACGCCUUUAAACGGAUUCUGAGUAGUGCCGGAAGUAGCAUGAAGCCGAUGUCUGUGCCGUGGCAGCAAGAGCUGGAACUCACACCUGCCACGACUCCAGUAUGGGAUGGACGUGCUGGCUUUGCAGCUUUCUCAGACUUUGCUGAUGGGAGGAAACGAGAGCCAAGGGAUGCACCUGUUGCGAUUCCGAAGGCGGCACCAGCGGCACGAGUACUUAUUUUUUACCGCCAAUAUGAUUACUUAGUUGAUCUCGAUCAUAUUUGAACAAAAUCUAAAAUGGACGAUUCCUGAAGACUCACACGAUACCAUGAAAACCAUUGAUUUCGCAGGAAGUCGAGGAUUCGUCAACCUCGGACCGUCCACCAUCGAAAGAGCAGAAACAACCGCCGGGAACGAUGAGCGAGGGUUCGCAUAAUGCUGUACCGCCCUCAGCGAUAGAUGCGGAUGCGGAUUCGUCACCUGAAGUCUGGGAUUGUAGAGGAG